AUGGCGAAAGGUCGCAAGUUGACUACAAGCCGGAGCGAGCGCUUCUUGGGAGCCUACGCCAACAACCACAGCCAAGCCCCCAACGACUCAUCCGAGCUCCGGGAAGAGGAUAUAUGGUCCACCGGCGAUGAUGCCGGCGACGAUGUCUCCGUUUGGGAGCCAGACGAUGUCGCCGAUGAGAGCUCCGGCGGCUCCGCUUACCGACGCCGGAUUCACCGGGAUGUGAACAAGAACAACCACCACCAAUUCGGUGGCCUGUCGCUGGCGUUCGAGGACCCGCCGGCUGGUGGUCCGGUGACGGCGUCGGCGAGGAUCGUGCACCAGCUCCGCACGCAUGAUGGUCUGGCCUCGACGCCGCGAGGACGCCACGUGGCGUCCUCUGCGCCGAUGAACGUGCCGGACUGGAGCAAGAUACUCCGGGUUGACUCGGUGGAGUCGCUGCACGGCGCGGACGAUGAUCUCGAUGAGAGCGAGUUGGAAGUUGUUCCGCCGCAUGAGUACUUGGCGCGCAGCCGUAAGAAGGCGGCGGAUUCAGUUUUCGUGGGAGUGGGUCGGACGUUGAAGGGCCGGGACUUGAGCCGGGUUCGUGACGCCGUUUGGAGCCAGACCGGGUUCAACGGCUGA